AUGGAGCCUCAAGUCCGUGACUUUCCCGACCAUGAGAAACAGGCCAAACCGCUGCCAGAUGGAUCGACCACCGAGGAUGGCGACCUCACCCGGGAGCCAACACCAAGGGUGGCCCUCGAAAGAAUUCCAACAUACCUGCAGCCACCAAUAUCGGUGCGGGAGCGACUACGCCACUUCACAUUUGCAUGGUACACCGUCACCAUGUCAACCGGUGGCAUUGCCCUCACCUUGAGCCUGACACCGCAUCGGUUCCGCGGGCUUGACACCAUUGGCCUGAUCGUGUUCCUUUUCGACCUGCUCUGCUUCAUCCUCAUCACGGCGUGCCUGCUGCUGCGCUUCUUGCUGUACAAGCACACUUUCUCCAAGACUCUCACACAUCCCAAGGAGGCACUCUUCGUUUCCACCUUCUUCCUGUCCAUCGCGGCGCUCCUGUCCAACGCAGAGAAGUACGGCAGCUUGUUCCUGUCCCCCAAAGCCCAGGACGGGCUCGCCGUCUUCCACCGCGUCACAUACUGGCUUUACCUCGCCGUCACCUUCCUCGUCUCCGUCAUCCAGUACCACCUUCUCUUCACCGUCAAGGAGCAGCGCCGCCUCCAGGCCCACGCCAUGACGCCAGCCUGGAUCCUGCCGAUAUUCCCCGUCAUGCUGGCCGGCACCAUCGCAGCCUUCGACUCGCGCACCCAAACGCCGUCACAGGCGCUAGCCAUGAUCACUUCCGGCGUCGCGGCGCAGGGGCUGGGCUUCAUGGUCUCCAUCUUCAUGUAUGCGACGUACCUGAGCAGGCUGAUGGUCUACGGCUUGCCUGCACAGCGCCCGGGAAUGUUCAUCGCGGUCGGGCCGCCGAGUUUCACCUGUGCCGCGCUGGUGUCCAUGGCGGACGACGUGCCGAGGAUCUUUGCGGCCCAGGUGCCCGUCAUCGAGGGGAUGGUCAGCCCGGUAGUGCUAGCUGAUGGCGUGAGGCUGGCGUCGCUGUACUGCUCGCUGUUCCUGUGGGGGCUGAGCUUCUGGUUCUUCACGUCUGCGCUGAUGGCGGUCGUUGCGGGCAUGCCGGAUAGGAAGUUCCACCUCAGCUGGUGGAGCUUUGUGUUCCCGAACGCCGGCUUCACCAUCUCAACGAUCCGGGUGGCCGGGGCUGUGGGUAGCGAGGGGCUCUUGUGGUUCAGCACGGUCAUGACCAUCGUCCUGGUCGUGGUCUGGCUGUUCAUCGCAUGGAGGUGUGCCUAUGCAGUAGUGCAGCGGGAGAUCGUGUGGCCUGGUCAUGAUGAAGACUCGGACUAG